CACUCAGAACUUUUUGGUUUUCAAACUUAGAAGGCUUUUUAAGUCUCCUGGGCUAUUGGAAAGUGUUGGUACAUACAAUGACGUUUAGUCACCAGUAUUAAGGGAAAUAAAAGCCUUUUUCAAAACGAAGCUUCCACAGUGUCCAUGCAUUUGGGAAAUACUGUAUUUGAUUUUUUUGCAUGUAUGAUCAUACCAUGAGAGACAGGAUUAAUGUAGAAGAUGGCAAGGCAAAUUUCUAAUUAGAGAGAAUUUUAAUUUUCUGCAAAAUAAAGUUUGUUCAUCAAUACAAACCUGCUUUCAAAUCAAAUCAGGCAUCCUUCGGAAUGUGUUCAGACCCCAAACAUCAUGUCAAUGGCAACAGAACAGUUCAACCUUUCCCAGAGGGAACACAGAUGGCUGUGUUUGGAAUGGGCUGCUUCUGGGGAGCUGAAAGGAAAUUCUGGAUCUUAAAAGGUGUCUAUUCGACUCAAGUGGGCUUUGCAGGAGGCUAUACUCCCAACCCUACUUAUAAGGAAGUCUGCUCAGGAAACACUGGCCAUGCAGAAGUCGUCAGGGUUGUGUACCAGCCGGAGCGCAUCAGCUUUGAGGAGCUGCUCAAGGUCUUCUGGGAGAAUCACGACCCGACCCAAGGGUCUGUCAGAGCACGGCUUUGGUGGGAUCACCACUGACAUCCGGGAGGGACAGACUUUCUACUACGCGGAAGACUACCACCAGCAGUACCUGAGCAAGAACCCGGAUGGCUACUGCGGCCUCGGGGGCACAGGGGUUUCCUGUUCCCUGGGUAUUAGGAAGUAACUUCUCCUGGCACGGUAACUCCUGCAGGUUCCAGUAAAAACAUUCCCCUUAAAUGGGCUGAUGCUUCUGUGAUUCAAGUGCAUUGAUAAAAAUCUGGGUUUUAUUGAGGUUUGCUUUUCAGGAAGUACAAUGGCAAGUUGAUAAAAAUGUAUUUUGUCUUCUGAUACGUUAGGGUGGGAAUAAUACUGUGACAUUUUCUGAAUUAUUUGGGCUCUAAACAGAUUGAAUGACUGCCAUGUAUUCCCCUCUGGGCGCCUGCCAUGGGAGCUGUGGACUGGAGCCGGAGACUGCUGGCCAGGGCUGGGGGACUCGGGGCCCUCCUCUGCGCCCUGUCCACCUCCGCAUCACCUGCCCUCUAGUGCCUUGCAGCGUGCACAUAGGUGCAGCCUGGACGAAUCACUUCGGAAUUGCUUUGCUCUGUGGAACCUGGCUGUGUGUAAGGGGCUUUCUCUCUCAGUGCUCUGUGGAGGGAGAAGUGCAUUAGCUUGAGGAAUUGAAUACUUUGCUUAUAGCUACAAGAAAUGCUUGUCCUAAUAAAAAUCUGCAGUUCAGUGAUACAAGC